AUGAAUGGGGACCCUUCAAUUCUUCGAGUUGUUACUGAAGAGCUGCCACUAAACCAUAUAAAGCAAUACCUUUGUUCUGGAGCUGCAGGAGGUCCUGGGGUUGGCAGGAGAGCUGGCAGAGGAGUUCCAGCUGGUGUUCCAAUUCCCCAGGCUCCUGCUGGAUUAGCAGGCCCUGUCCGAGGGGUUGGGGGACCAUCCCAACAGGUAAUGACUCCACAGGGAAGAGGAACUGUAGCAGCUGCUGCAAUUGCUGCUACUGCCAGCAUUGCUGGGGCCCCAACUCAAUACCCACCAGGACGGGGGACCCCACCCACUCCUGUAGGGCGAGCAACACCACCUCCAGGCAUUAUGGCUCCUCCACCUGGUAUGAGACCACCUAUGGGCCCACCAAUUGGGCUUCCGUCUGCUCGAGGGACGCCUAUAGGCAUGCCCCCUCCAGGAAUGAGACCCCCUCCACCAGGAAUUAGAGGUCCACCUCCCCCAGGAAUGCAUCCACCAAGACCCUAGGAUACUGUUGAUCCUUCUUAAGUCCAUUUUUUCCCUGCUAUGUGUCUUGUGAAACUGUGUGAUUGUUUGUGAGCUUUUGUUCCCUCCUUGAUGCAUUAAUAUUAGCUAAUA